CACUGCCGCUAGGGGGCUUUCUAUGCGGAAGUCAACAAGCGCCGAGCUUCUUCCUGUAAGUGCUCGGACUGUUCUGUAUAAACUGACAUAUUCCGAUUGAUUGACCUCGCCAGUCAUGUCGAAGAACACGGUGUCCGAUCGAUUCAGGAAGGUCGAUGUGGAUGAGUACGACGAAAACAAGUUUGUCGACGAGGAGGACGGCGGAGAAAAUCAACUGGGUCCGGAUGAGGCUGAGGUGGACUCUCUCAUCAGAUCGGGGAACCUGAUGGGAGCCCUGCAGGCGGUCCUGAAGAACCCGCCCAUCAACACCAAGAACCAGAAUGUGAAGGAACGGGCUGAAAGCCUUGUGUUGAAAGUGCUCAGCUCUUUCAAGACUAGCGAUAUAGAAAAGGCUGUUCAGUCUCUAGAUAAAACUGGAGUCGAUCUCCUGAUGAAAUACAUCUACAGAGGCUUUGAAAGACCCUCAGACAACAGCAGUGCCAUCCUACUGCAGUGGCAUGAAAAGGCUCUCUCAGCGGGUGGCGUGGGCUCCAUCGUCAGAGUGCUCACGGCCAGGAAGACUGUGUAAACGUCACCACCUCAGCACCGAGGCAGGGUUAGCGGAGGGACUGGCUGGCUCUGGUUUCUGCCCACACUGCCAAACUGUGGAGGAUGUCCAGUCAAUCACCUUUUCUUUUUUUUUUUUUUUUAUAUAAUAUAAAGCGAUCAAACAUUACAGUCCCAUUGGGUUUCUUGCAGUGAAGAUAAGCACCUUGGAUCUGUGUUAACAGAACGGUGAUGAGCAAAUGUCAUUGUUGACCUCGGUAGAUACUAAGCACAGACAUUUUAGCUGUUAUCAAAGGAAGCGUCUCUUUACUUGUCCGCUUCACGCACUUCACAUUCUCAUACCUGUCCUCAUGUAAAGUCUCAAAAAGGAAAAAACGGAACAAAAUGUAUGUGUACUUGCAUGACUGAAUCUUUACAGUCAUGUCAUUACAGUGGUAUGUGAUGCUACAGUGGGGUUUUUUUUUUUUUUUUUUACUUAAAGGGAUAGUCCAUCCAAAAAUGAAAAUUAUGUCACCAUUUGCUCAGGCUCAUGCUGGUCCAAACCUGUAUGACUGGAUCAAAAAAGAAGAUAUUUUGAAGUCCAAACAACAUUCCAUGUUUUCGUUUUUUGUUAAACGGACGAAAGAAAAUCAAACACAUUAGGAUGAGGAUGAAGAAACGAUGACGGCGUUUUCAUUUUGCCGUGAAACAUCCCUUUAAGAAAAUCGAUCAAGCUUUAGUUUGUAGUAUUUUUACUUUACACUCUCUUCUUCAUCUGCUUCUUUUUAAAACAUAAUCAGAGAUGCUCUGUGGAACACGAAACAUCAGUAUUUGCGUUUUCCUACUUGCAUGCAUUGCUUUAUACAUAAGUUCAGAGCUGGUUGUUGAAUCUAGCCUUAUAUGAACACCAGUGCUUUCCAGCUCAGUUUCUUGUGAUCGGAGUGCUUGUUUUCCUCCACAGUCCUAGUUUCUAGCAUCUCUUUGGUUUCUCAUCACAUCGGGAUCGCGUUUUAAGAAACAAAAAGGGAAUGACUUUUCUUGAGUUGCCAAAAAAGGUUUCUUUUUGUCAUAAUUGUUGAUUAAUGCUAGUGUGUUUUUGUACUCUCUACAAAAACGAUGUUUAAUUUUUAUAACGCCGAGUAUUAUUAGGUUGUCCAACAAAAGCUUGUGUAUAUUUUGAUCGCCGCAUUUUUGAACUGUAUUAGGAUGUUAGCAGUUGUAGAACACGAUCGACACCGACAUGUACUUUGAACUCAGACUUUCUUUCAGGUGCUGAUGAUACAGCUAACCUCUGAGACUCGUGUGCUCUCUCCACUAACACCAAACACGCAGCUAAGCACUCAAGCUGCGAAGGAGAAUUUCGCUUCCUCUGCGGUCUGCUUGUUUUCGCCAUACUUGAAGCCAUACAUAAACAACCCUAGGAAGUCUCCGCUUGUUCAUUUGCGAUUCCAAGUGAAUGUUGAGUUUGCAUCACACCGGUUAAUCAUGUGGUUAAGUGCAAAAAUUAUGAAAUGGUUUACCAACUGCCUUAUAAAAUAUUCCUUUUAUAUCGUAUGGUCCUUUUGAAAAAUAAAUGAGAUGAAUGCAA